AUGAAGCAAGCAGUCCGAUAUACAGAAUAUAUCCGAGAGCUCGAAACUGACCUUGAAAAGCUAGACCAAGACAUGAAAGAGCAGGUCUACGGGAACUAUUCCACCUUUAUAGACACCUUUAACGAGCUCAAUAAUCUGCAAUCUCUAUCAGUCUCUUGCUAUAGAAACUUCCUUGGAGUGGCGCUGCAAGCGCAGGCCACUCCAUACGGAAUUCAUGGGUUGAUCGAACCAACGCACAGUUUUGGUUUGACCAACUCCUAUAUUGGUUAAAUCAACACAGGAAUUCCACAUGGAGUGGCCUGCGCUUGCAGCGCCACUCCAAGAAAAGAAGUAUAUUCCCCAACUCUUGAUACAAUUAAUAGUGCAUUGGUAGAGCUCUUAAAGCCAGCUCAAAUAGAAAAAAUAAGCACGAAUGGGAGCAUUGUGAAAGGCAGCAUCGAAUGGUGGCAGGAGCUGCCUGACGAAAUUGACACCCUUUUAAAUGACGAAAAAUACGAGGAAUGCAUCAAUUUGAUAGAAGAAGCUGGGAAGGUAAAAGUAACCCCAGAAAGCAUCAGCUUAAAGCAUGAAUUUAAUUUAUUUGUGCUGAGAGUCAUAGAGACUAUUGCAAAAGAACUGCAGAAGGUACAAAAUACCACCCCAAGCUUGUAUAUUGGAUACCUUAAAAGACUUGAUGCCUUGCCUGCAGCUGAAGAUGCAUAUUUUUUAGGGAAGGCUUAUCAGCUUAAACAAUAUAUCACAAGGCUAGCAGCAGCUGAUAACCCAUUAGAUGGAUUGUCAAAGCAAGGACAAAUUUUUGUGUCAAUAUUAAGGGCUACUAUAAAAGAAAGCCAAGACCUAGGUUUAAGCUCUUCUAAAUUGUAUGCGUGGAUGUGUGACCAAAUAAACGAAAUUGCUUGGGAUAUUGGCGAACAGUUUUAUUUGAUUGAAAAUAUCCAAGACCUAGCGAAUAUCUUACAAAGUAUUCUUAAGUCCUGUGACAGUUUGGACCAGACUGGGCUCCACAUGUCUCCACAAAUACAAAAAGCCUUACUCCCAGCUACACAAAAAAGAAUCCAGGAAAUUUAUGCCAAUGAAGAGCUGAGAAUUGAGACAGAGGUAAACAAUGAACUCUGGAAGCCAAAAAUUAUACAGGCUGAGCAAGACCAAAACAUAGGGAUUUUCAGACUGACUUCAAGCUGUUUAGCGUUAUAUCAAGAAAUAAAUAAAAUAAUCCAAGAAGCUGCCUUGUUUUUAGACGAGCACUUAAUGUGGUCUUCAUCUUUAUGUCCAGUCUUCGUCAAAACGAUUUCUUUUUUAUUCGAAAAAUACGUAGGAAAUGAAAAAUUUGACGAUAAAAAAGACUUCAAAAUUGUCCAAGUCAUCGCUUGUAAUUUAUGAAAUAUUGCAAGCUUAAUCCCAAGCUUGGCGAGAAAAAUGGCUAUAGCUUUAAAAGUCCCAAAAUUAGAAUUAAAUGAAAUUUUGGUGAUUGAGGGAAUUGCAAAUUCAAGGGCGCUCGAUGUUUUGAUGUCUUAUUCAGCUAGUAAAUGGAUAAAUGAAAUUCCGAAUUAUUUUUUUUUAUAUAGAAUUGGUUAUUAUUAAUUGCAAAAUAAGAGUCUAUUAAAUAGAAAAUGGUAAUUAAAUCAUGAUAUUAAUAAUGUAAUAUAUAUAAAAAAGAUAUAUUUAACUACCCUACAAAGCAUUGCAAAGCUUCAGACCUCAGACGAAUUAAAGCAAGCUUAUAAUGUUAAGCACCUCCAAGCUAUCAAAGAAGGUGUAGAGUCUGUUGCUAGCGCAACAGACAGAAACUCAGCCAGAAUGAAGCAAUUUAUUGAAGCAGUCGCGAGUACUUAUGUAAAAGCUUUAGAAGAUUUAUUGAACCAAAAUGGAGGGAACUUUGAGAUCCAAGAAAUAGUGCCUGGAGGAUUUCAGCAGCUAAUUGCAGAUUUGCAUAUGAUCAAUAUAAUCGCUAAAAAUUAUGAAGGGGUAACUAAUAUUAGAGAGGUUGCCAAAGGACUGGUGACGAAAUAUUCAGGGAUUAAGCAUUAUGAUGAAGACAUGCUUAUGUUCCCUGAAGAAGCUUAUGAAGCUAUGUUUAAGGUUUUAUCAUUAAUUUAA